AUGCUACCCGCACACCAACAAGUCCUUCUUUGGAUGGUCGAACAUAUCAAAAAGAAAAGAAAAUCUCAUAAAAAAGGAAUUCAAGCAUCUGCACCAAACGAGGCGCCAAGUAAUCAAGAAGGCCCCCUCAAGAAGAGGCCUAAAACUUCUGUUGAAACUUUGGAAGUUUUGAAUGAAGAUUCCCAGAAGGAAUUAGACAAUCCCGAGAACAAUCUUGAAGAAAUUACCAAUCAGAAACCUGCCUUGAACCGAGCCGUGAACCUAACAGACGAAAAUGCCUUAAUUUUUCGAAAUUUGAAGAAGUGGGCGAAAUCAAAAGCAAAUGCUAAUUUAUGGGAAACGCUUCAGCAUAAAUUUGAUGAUAUUAAAAUUGUAACUUCACUGGACCAACACGACAAUAUUUCCUCAGAUAUGUACUCCAAAGUAACCUGCUUCUGUAACGCGACAUACAAACUCCCCAAAAUACUAAAACCUGGAAAAAAGCAGAAAAGUUAG